GUCUCGUACAAGAUUGAAAUUGGGAGCUGUAGCCAGCUGUAGCCGCCCUAUUUUGGCCUAAGGCUGUAGCGGCAGCCAGUGUAGGAGGACCGCAUUGCUUGCCAGCUUCUUCUUAAUGCUGCCUGAAGGGCCUGCACAAGGUCCAAGCAGCAAGGUUGCUUUUGGUGCUGGCGCCAGGCAUAUCUCCUGAGGCAGCCGAACGUGGCAAAAUAGGAUGGGCCUGAUUUGAGCAGAAUCAUGGCUUGUUGUGGCACAGCUGUGCAUCUUGUCCGCAGCAACCAGCCAAUAGGCUAUCGCAAGUGGAUGCGUCUAAGUCAAAACGUCUUCCAAUUGAAUAACUGCCAGCUCAAUGCACCACUACUCUGUUCAGAAAGUGGUACAAUCGGUUCCAAAAAAUUGCAAGCACUAAGUAUGGGGCAUGCCUGCGCCGCUGCAGACCAUUCUUCGUGCAAGGGUUUACGAUGUCGAAGGUCCAUCAGGUGCAGCUGGCAAGAAGCUGGUUCCAAUCCAUGCCAAUUGCAAGAAAGACAGGGGGCUUUGUGUUGGUUGAGGAAGCUCAGGCGGCACAGCGUUUGCUGCAGAGCAGCCAGUGAUGGUACCAACUCACAGCCACAAGGAUGCAGAUCCUUAGACGAUGUUUGCCAAGACAUUGAAAAGGCAUUCUCUGAGGUUUGUGUGGAGAACCUUGGGCGCCCAGCUGCUGCUGCUUUAUUUGACUUCGUCGCAGCAACGGUUGAGGCGUACAUGCUAGGAGCAUCCAGGGACAAGGUGACGAUACAGCUUCAGUAUGGUUCCAAAGAAGCAUACAGGAUAGAGAGGGACGUUGCAGGGUACCGACUGACGGGGAGUGAAGAAAGGUACAGGUCGCAAUGGCUUGACGUGAUAUACACGACGCUCCAGCUCUUGAAACAAGGGUCGGAGGAGUGGCGGCAGCAGCCAGCCACUCAGGACGAGAGCCUCAUUGCUAUCAUUCAUAGAGUUCUGGAAGGGCAACGGACGGGAGAAGAGCAGAGCCUCGUAAAAUUCGACCGGGCGCUCAGCACAGCAGGAGCUUCCGGUGGCGCGACCUCUGAGCGGAGGGUGGUCGCUCCGCAGUGGAUCCCCGUCACUCAGCUCGUGCUGCUCACCAUGAAGGUUCUGAACGAGAGGGGUUGAUAGCUACGUGGAAAAUUGCUUCGAUUGCUUCACAUGUUACUGUCUGAAGAUAGGCAGAAGUCAACGACACUGAGGACAGGAUGAGGCCAUCAUGCUACUUGACUAAUGCUCUUAAUCCUUUCAUCAGCUCAGACAUGCUGGGCUUUCUGUAGCAGCAGCUCUUUCAACUCUGAUUCAAGUGGUCAUGCGAGGAGAUUUAAGGGGCUGUUAUUCGUUCAGAAGCGCUAUAUUGACAGAUCGACCCGUGGAAGGAGACUGUGGACUGCCACCUGCAGCAAGUCCAGACCCCCACCCUGCUGCCCUGGUACUUAAUACACGCGCGAACGGUACAUAUCUUGUCAAGGACGCAUCAAUGACUCAACGGCGG